CCAGGUGAGACGCACACACCCUCUCCUGGAGGACAACACACAGGUAAAAGAAAAAAAGAAAUCUGGAUUCAUAUCAGAAGAACAGAGGAGGAUCUUUUACUUCACAGUGACAACAGCCGACAGUAUCAAGACGGGGAAGGUAGAACACAAACUCUUUCUGAGGACUGAAACAUUUCGACAAAUGUUUACAAACGUCGGUUAACCAACGGAAUAACUAAAUACUAAACAAGGGCAGACGUAGAGUUGCUAAUGGAUCGAUACGAUGACCUGGAUUUGGAGUGUGAUGGAGGAGGAGUAGCUCAAAAACCAGCGUUAUUCGGUGGGAUGUUCAAAAGAUCCUUCAAGUCUGCAGAGCCAUCUGUCCAAGCACAGGACAGUUCAUCAGCCAGCGGUGAACUUUCGAAGAGAAACGAUAGCCUGACUGACAACAGCACCAAGGAAAAAGAAGGCGUGUUUAAAGGAAUGUUUAAGAAGACGACCAAAACUGCCAAAGAGGGCCAGCCACAGGAUCUUUUGGACAACAAACUCACAGCCAGUAACGACAGUCUGUCUGAAAACAUCGCAACUAAGGAGACAGGAGGGAUGUUCAGUGGGAUGUUUAAAAAAUCUCCAAAGCCAUUUGGAGGAAGGACACAACCUCAGGAGGAUUUUUCUGCACCCAAUGAGCUCUCAGGCAGCAACGACAGUCUGUCUGUGAAUAUUAACACUAAGGAUGAUUUGUCUGCGGAUGGUGAACUCUCUGCCAGAGUUAGUCUCAUAGAGAAACCUUCAAAGGGUGAAGUGGCAGCGAAGAUCCUGAAGAAUCCUUUCACCUCCUCAUCUCAGGAUAAGGAAAAGACUCAACACUCAGGAGACUCAAAUGAGAAUACCUCUACUACAGAGAAGCCCAAAGACAAGCAGGAGAAGAACACUGACUCUGACUGUGAGGAAACAUUGGACAAUGGAGAGGGCCAGGCCAGUCACAAACAGAGUAAACCUCCUGGGGCAAUGACAAAGCUGAAUCCAUUUCGAUCUGCAAAAUAUGAGAAGCAGGCAGGUGAUGAGGAUCCACCUGCGAGCAGCGAGAAGUCAUCAGGCAACAAACAGAAAGACACUGAAGAGAUGCUCAAGGAGAACGAGAAACAAGUGGAAGAGAAGGUGAAAGCGGUCAAAAGCAACAUGAUCCAGCGAGAGAGGAAGGAAAGAAAUGAAAUGCCACCGGUCCCACCCAGACCAACUGAAGAGGCUGUGAUUUCGCCACAGGAGAUGAAGGGGAUAUCCACAUACGACAAAGUAAAACCAAGAGGAACUGAGUAUAAUCAGGAUUACAAGGACAUGAUCUCCAGAGAGAAAAAAGCAAAACCUGCAGAAACUCCUGUUGUUCCUGCCAGACCGUCAGAGGAGGAGCUGAAUAGAGCAGCGAGACGUGGUCUGCAAAAGCAGAAGAGCCACCAUCAGAGCCAAUCCGAUGAUGAAAGCCUAAAAAAAGAUGAAUCUGCUGAAGCCAAAGAGGGAGGCGAGGCGAACUCUCCAGAAAGCAAAACAACCAUGGUGAAGAAACACAAGCACCGUAAUCCGUUCAUGCCACAAGCUGCAGCCAAGGGCAAAGUUAUACAGAGGCAAGCACAGGGCGGAGCUGCAGGCAACACAGACGAGAAUGAAGGUGGAAACAGGUCCUUGUUUGACAAGCUGGAAGACUUCCGAAUUGACCCAGCACAGCCUGAAGACAGACAGGAUGUGGAAAAUCUUAUGGAGUGGUGGAACACAGUGGAGUCUUGGGAAGACACGCCUCAAGAUGAUGAGAUGACAGAAAAACAAGAAGCCAAGGCGUUUGCUGUGACGGCAGAUAAGGUGCAGAAGGGCAUCCGUGUCUUCAACAAACUGUUCUCGGAGCGAGCUGAGAGCCUCUGGCAGCACGUCAUUGACCUCAACAGCAUCGCCGACGGCCUGGACAAAUUCAACAAGAACACAAAGAUCGCUCAAAUCACCGGCGGCUCCACCAGCGCUAUCGGGGGCGUAACCACCAUCACCGGCCUCGCUCUGGCCCCGCUCACCAUGGGAGUGUCCUUGAUUGUGACGGCGGUGGGAUUGGGUGUUGCCACGGCAGGCGGUCUGACAUCAGCUGGUGCCGGCAUCUCCAACCAGGUCAACAACUCAAUGGACCGCAAGAAGGUGGAGAAGAUUGUGCAGGAUUAUCAGGAGAAGAUGGUCGACCUCAACAAGUGCCUGACAUUCAUCAAGCAGGGUAUUGAGAACCUGAAGAAAUUUGACCUGAUCAAGAUGAAAAAAACCGCUUACAACCGUGACUUCCCUGCGCUCAAUAGUAGUUUCUAUGCGGAUGGUGCCAUGGCAGGAAAGGCGAUCCUCAGCAAUCUUAAUGAGAUCAUGCGUGUGGUGCACAUGGCCAAUGUGGCGGGCAGCACAGCAGCCAGAGCGGUCCAGAUUGCCAGCAUGGCCACUGGUGUACUCACUGGACUCUUUGUAGGUAUGGACAUCUACUUUGUGGCCAAAGACUCCAAAGAACUCAAGAAAGGGGCCAAGUCAGAGUUCGCUGCCAAAAUCAGGGAGGUGACUACGCAGCUGCAUGAAGGUCUGGUGGAGCUCAACGGGAUACGAGAGGAGCUGCAGUCCACCUCGCCGAAAAACAACGCAGGCAAUGUUAUCGCUGCUUUGGACAGUAACAAGAAAGAGAAAGAUAACAAAUAUGACAGUUCGGAUGAACAUGAAAUCGACCGCAUUAAAAAAGCCAUUGAAAAGGACAUUGAGAACCGAGAAUAUGACAGCAGUGCUGCCAAGUUUCACGCAUUGAUUGUGAGAAAGUGUUGGAUAGCUUUUCACAUGCUCUCAGGCCACACGUCCAUUUUCUCCCGCUGCGAUAAGCAAAUUUAAAGGCUAAUUGAUAACGGCACCAAAAGAGGACAGCGUGCGGACAGACAAGAGCAGCACAGCGCAACAGCGAGUUAUUCAGACCAUCAGGGGGAAAGAAAGAAAUAUCCACAAAUCUAUUAUAUUGUAAUUUACUUCAAUACAUGCUGCUCAGAGUAAUCUCAGUCAGCGGCUUCUCUGGCAGCAGCGCACCGUCUCCCUUUCCUCUCACGCCGUGUGCUCGCAGGCAGUGAGUUACUAUGGUUACAGGGACUGUCUGUCGCUCUGAAACUUUGGCGAGAUUCCCAAUAUUAGGUUUUUAGGUUAGUAUGCCUAUGCAAAAUCAUGAAUGUAAUUGUACCUAAAUGCUGAACUCUAGUAGGUAACAUUAUUUUACAUUUUUGGUUAGCAUUAUACAUUGUUGCCAACACACUCUCAUCUUUCUCAAAUCUAUCUCACAAAUCUCCCGCCAAAUAAGAGGAAGCCUCAAAGCCACUCCUUCAUGAAAAAAUAUAAUAUUUUUGAAUAUAAUAUAUAUAUAUAAUAUAUUUCUUUGCACACAGGACAAAGUCUGAACUUCAGGCUUUUUUUCCAGAGCCCAAAGCACACAGUUUGUGUGGAUUUAGUUGAGAAAGGCACACACACACACAAACUGCUACAAAAUCAAAAAAUGCCUUUCAUGUAUGCAGAGUUUUGCCUCACUUAGAUUACAUAAAUGGACAGUAGAUAAUCCAGAUUGAGGGGGUUGAGGAGUGAUGACCCCGACCCCUGCGGUGGGUAAUGUCGCAGAAGGCCUACUCAUAAAAUGCACCAACUUCACCAAUACAGAAUCUCACUCCAAACAAAAUUGAAAACUUGGCAGCCCUGUUUGACUGAAACUUCAAAACUUAAUUUAUUAUUAAGGUUUCAAAGAGAAGAUUCAAGCAUUGUCAGUUUACCAGUUCCCCUGGUACAAGUUUUUGAAAGUACCGACUCCAGCAUACAGCUGCAUUGUUAGUAUCUACAAGGUCGUUGGUGCCAGUUUCUUCAAAUGGAAAACUACAAUCAGGCUUAUUUUGAAUGUCCAAAGAGGAGACUUUCCUCUUUAUGAAAUACACUGGUUUCUAAAGCUUCUGGACUUUUCUUUUAGGGAUCUGACUAAACAGUAUUUACACUGCUGGGAGGAACUGAGGUUUUGUGGUAGAUAAAGUAUCGUAUCUGCUUUCCUGGCAAUUGUGCCAACGUGUGAAACAGCCAUGAAAAUGGGAUUUAAAGAUUUAUCUAAAUCAUGUAGUUGGAUAGUACAGUUUUAGAUUAAUUAAAGAAAUAGGUGCAAAGUAUUUUCUAGACUUUAUAAUUUAGACUUUUAAGUGACGCUUAGAGUUUCAUCAAAGUGUGUUGGUUCAUAUUGAAACAUGAGGACUUUUACUGACCAGGUGUAGAGAUUGUUUAUACUCUUACGGACGAGUGCCUUUAUUAUUUAUAAUUCCUUAGAAAUACAGUAUGAUGCAGUGUAGUCUGUUUCUGUAUUUGGGUGUCAGGGCUGCAACAAACCCAUUUCCCGACUUCCCCUGACUGUUUUGGAUCUGAUGCGGGAUGUUGAUGUUAAAAUUUUACAAGUCUUGUUUGGCUUUAUGAUAUUGGUCUCAUUUUGAAGAAUGACAGUAAUAAGAUUUGUUUUAGAUCGUUUUUUACAAAGAGCCAAUAAAAUGACAAAAUGAUGGUGAAAAAGAACCCGGGUGGGGUUGCAUCGGCUGUUCGUGAAUCCAAGUUUGUAUGUAAAGUGUUUAAUAGCUAGUUUCAAACUAGUGAUUCACUAAAUUGGAUAGUACCAUUCAAACGUAAGGAAUGUCCUAGCUACUUUAGUAAUGUGUUAAUCGGUUGUUAGGAAACAUCUGUAGGGAUCUGACUAAUUGUCAAGUGUAAACAGGACAAGCCGUAACAUAACUUCCAAAAGUAACAGUUUUAGGGGGGCAAAUUACAUAUCUAACUUAACUGCCAAUCAUUUGUAAAUUUAUGCACUAGUUUGUUUUAUUUAAGAAUGCACACAUGGAGAAAUACAUGUGAUUCAGAGUUAUUAGUAUUUAUGCAGUUUUAGGAUGAGGGAGAAAUUUCUGAUUAUGCUAACGUAACUGACAUUAUUUCAUCAUUUAGUGUAAUGUUUUGGCAUUUUUUUGUAAUCUGUGGUAGAAUGGGUUUCUUCCCAGUUUACAUAAUUACGAAACAGCAUCAGGUCAGAUAUGUCAACCAUAUUUCAUAUUAUCUCUAAAACUCCCCAGUCUAACCUGGACAUAUAUUAGCAAGCUAGCAUUAGCUUUGUUAUUUGGUUCCGUUAGCUAGGCAGCCGUUACACCUGGGAGUUACUGGGUGUAAAUAUUUUGCUAGCAACUAAUGACUAUGUGAGAAAUAGUUCUUGUGGAGCAACCUGUUUUAAUUUAGUGAUGUGUAAAUCUCCACUUAGUAAACACUUUUAAAUUUCAAGUUAGAACUUGCGAACAGCUGGUGCAACUGGCUCCAUGCGAAUACAGCAGGGGAUGACACAAACAUGUCUGAGGUGAACUUGUAGAACUGAUGGGAAAUAAAUUACGGUAUUUAUUUUCUUACAAGUUUAGCCAUUGGAUUUUAAUCAUGUCUUCAGUCAUAUUAGAUGUUUAAAUGGUUUCCUGGUGUAAAAUAGUCCCUUAUUAGACAAGUGGAAUGACACAGGACUGUAUAAACCAGCCAGCCUUUUGUCAUUCCCUUUUAUUAAGACAUUAAUAUUUUAAAGAUUGUUAUUUCAAAGUCGGUGUUUGAUAUGUGGUCUGUACUGUAAGCUCUGAAGAUGCCCUGUGUGUUCUGUUUAAAGAACUUUAUAUUUCAUUUUCAGUCUUGUUCUGGGUGUUGUUCAUUCAAUGAUACCUUUAUGUGCAAUAUAUUGUAUAACUCCCUAACCCUAACCCACUAAAUGUAACUGUAGAAUUGAUAAUUAAAGGUCAGAGAAGCA